GCGGCGCCGUCCCGGGGCGCUGCCCGGUGAUUGGCUGGGGCGGAGGGGGCGGAGUUUCCAAAAAUCGGACGGGGACAGGGUCGAGCGGAAGGGAGCGAGGCCGGAGGGGCAUGCAGGACUAUCAGAAUUUGCCGAUUGACAUCCAGACAAGCAAGCUGCUAGACUGGCUGGUGGACAGGAGACACUGCAACCUGAAAUGGCAGAGCCACGUGCUGACUAUCCGGGAGAAGAUCAACGUGGCCAUUCAGGACAUGCCAGAGAGCGAGGAGAUCAAGCAGCUGCUCUCGGGAUCCUAUAUUCACUAUUUUCACUGCCUGAGGAUUGUGGAAAUUCUUAAAGGGACCGAGGCCUCCACUAAAAACAUCUUUGGUCGCUACUCUUCCCAGCGUAUGAAGGACUGGCAGGAGAUCCUGUCCCUGUAUGAAAAGGAAAACACCUACCUAGUGGAACUCGCCAGCCUGCUCCUGCGCAGCGUCAGCUACGAGAUCCCGUCCCUGAAGAAGCAGAUCAGCAAGUGCCAGCAGCUGCAGCAGGAGUACAGCCGCAAGGAGGAGGAGUGCCAGCUGGGGGCCGCCGAGAUGCGGGAGCGCUUCUACGCCUCCUGCAAGCAGUAUGGCAUCACUGGCGAUAACGUGCGGCGGGAGCUGCUGGCCUUGGUGAAGGACCUGCCGGCGCUGCUGACUGAGAUCGGGGCCGGGGCCCGGGUGCUCUCGGAAGCCAUCGAUUCAUACCAGGCCUGUGUGCAGUUCGUGUGUGAGAGCUCCCCGGAGCAGGUGGUGCCCCUGCUGCGGCACGUGCAGGAGCGCGGGAACACGACCGUCUAUGAGUGGAGGAAGGGGGUGGAGCCCACCACGGUGGAGCGCCCACGGGCGGAGGAGGUGCCCGAGAAGCAGGACGAGGAGGCGAUCGACUGGGGGGACUUAGGGGUGGAGUCCACACCGGCCCCCGUGGGGGUUGAUUACAGCAUCUCCGGUGAAGACGGAACCCAGGCCGAGGAGGUGGACUGGGGGAUCUCACUGGAACCUGACCCACAGGGAGCCGGCACUGACGGGAUAGACUGGGGAGACGGGAGUGGCGGUGACCCGGUGCAGAUCACGGUGCUGGAGGCUGGCAUCCAGGUCCCAGAUGGAGUCGCCCGAGGGCCUGAUGCUCUGACCCUCCUGGAGAACCCGGAGACCCGGAGCCAGUUCAUCGACGAGCUGAUGGAGCUAGAGACCUUCCUGUCCCAGCGCAUCGUGGAAAUGAGCGAAGAGGCCGACGUGGUGUCAGUGAGCCAGUUCCAGCUGGCCCCCCCCAUCCUGCAGGGCCAGACCGCAGAGAAGGUGGGCGCCAUGGCGGCGGCUGUCCGGGAGCUGAUUGGCCGGCUGAUCAACCUGCGGAUGCAGCACCUCUUCCUGAUCCUGGCCUCCCCGAGGUGCGUGGGGGCCCCCUCCUCUCUCCCAGCCUGCGCUGUAGGGGGGCGAGCCCGUUCUUUCCUGUGGGGAUGGGGAGGUUUGUCCUCAAGGGAGGGGACGCUAGGGUCGGGGGGACAGAGUGAAGCUAGCUCUGGGGUAGCCUUUGCACAGGCAGCCCCUUGGGGCGGGGGGACAGUGGUCUUGGUGGCAUUGAAGGGGAGGGUGUUGAUGGCGCACCUGGGUCUCGUGGGGCAGGUAUGUGGACCGUGUGAGCGAGCUCCUGCGCCAGAAGCUGAAGCAGGCGGAGCUGCUGGUGCUGAAGAAGGAGCUCACGGCGCAGAAGAGGCAGGAGGCGCUGGAGGAGCAGGGUGCCCUCGAGCCCAAGCUCGACCUGCUGGUGCACAAAACCAAGGAGCUGCAGAAACUGAUUGAAGCAGACAUUUCCAAACGGUACAGCGGGCGCCCUGUGAAUCUGAUGGGCACCUCCCUGUGACCCCCCCACGGUGACGCAGCCCCCUACGGAGCCGGGGUCCCCCGAAGGGGCCGGACAGGGGAGGCUUCCCCAGGGCUCUGCUAAUCAGGACUUGCUCAUGUCGUAAGGAGCAGACGUGUACAGGGGAAAGGCUGCUAACUGCGGCUUUUGCCAUUUUCGGGGACUCCAGGCAGCCAGGAGGGAAUUGUUCAAUAAAGCGGGGGAAGCUCCA